CGCCCCGGCCGUGAGAGAGCAGGUUGUGAGCGGCAGCUGCUUGUUUAGGCCUAGAACAAGUGCAAAGAUGCGUGUGGCAGUGAUUGGAGCUGGAGUCAUCGGUUUGUCAACAGCUCAGAGCAUCUAUGAGCGCUAUCAUGCAACAGUAAGUCCUCUGACCAUCGAAGUGUAUGCAGACUGCUUCACUCCCAUGACCACCAGCGAUGGAGCCGCUGGUUUCUGGCAGCCAUAUCUAUACGAUAAGGGCAACAUCCAAGAGACAAAAUGGAACAAGGAGACAUUUGACUACUUGUUGAGGUGGCUUAGCUCACCAGAGUCUGUAAAAAUGGGUAUAUUCCUUCAGUCUGGCUACAACCUCUGUACUGAACCGAUGCCGGAACCCUCAUUCAAGGACAUUGUCCUCGGCUUUAGACAGCUCACAGAACGAGAGCUGCAGAUGUUUCCUGGAUACAAUUAUGGCUGGUUCAACACGGCUCUCAUGGUGGAAGGCAAAUCAUACUUACCGUGGUUGAUGGAGUGGUUGGAAAAAAGAGGUGUGAAAUUUUAUCAGAGGAAAAUAAAGUCCUUCAAAGAACUGGCUGAAACUGGGGCAGAUGUGAUCAUAAACUGCACUGGGGUAAGAUCGGGAGAGCUGCAACCGGACCCCGAACUGCAGCCGGGCCGCGGCCAGAUAGUAAAGGUGGAUGCUCCGUGGCUGAAGCACUGGAUUAUUACCCAUAACGCAAAGACUGGAGUCUACAAUUCCCCAUACAUCAUUCCAGGGAGCCGCCUUGUGACAGUCGGAGGGGUUUUCCAGUUAGGAAACUGGAGCGAGCAGAACAACUCCACUGACCAUAAAAAGAUCUGGGAAGACGCUUGUCAGCUUGAGCCAAGUCUCAAGGAUGCCAAGAUCGUACAGGACUGGGCUGGCCUUAGGCCUGUCCGCAGCAAAGUCCGACUGCAGCGAGAGACUAUAAAGGCUGGUUCAUCUACAAUAGAGGUAAUACACAACUACGGCCAUGGAGGUUAUGGGCUCACCAGUCACAGAGGAUGCGCUGAGGAGGCAGCGAGGCUUUUUGGUCAGAUUGUGGGACAAAAUGGGAAACGUGCAAAAGCUCGCUUGUAGAUACAGUGCAGACCAAACUGUGUCCAAACCUUUGGGCUGUACUGUAAGUGAUUAGAAAGAAUGAUUUUUGUACUGUCUUUAAAAAAUUCAACAUCAGCACACACAGCGUUCUUAACUGCAAACAUAAUCAAUACACUACAUUUAAUGGGUGAUGACAUCUCUUUAACACUAUUUGUGUGCUUCGGGACAGUACACACAUGCUAAUCUUGUAUAUUAUUAAAUAAGAGAUGUUGCUAGAUGUUAUCAUAAAUCCUUAACACGUGUGGCUAAUUCGUGGUCAUGUACAGGCUUGGCCAGGCCAAAUGAGCCUGGGGGUGUGCACUUAUGCAACGGGUCUUUGCAAUUUUCAGUUAUUGAUAUAAUAUUAUAUGAUGAUGGCAA